AAUCAGUCGGUCAAGUAAGUGAAAGGUGGACGUACGCGCGUCUUCGUUGCUCUUUGCUUGCUGUUGUGUCGCCUUCUUGCUAUUCGCAAAAUGGCGGACGGCGGCGUCGAUAUAGAUCUCUACGCAGACGACAUUGAAUCGGAUUUCAAUAGACAGGACGAAUUUGGAGGCGAAAACGUGGAUUUAUACGACGACGUGAUUGCUGCUCCAUCGGUGAAGCAAGAGGAUGGUGAUGGGCCACCAAACUCUUCGGCUCCUCCUCACCAACAUCCUCCUGAAGAAACCAACGGCAACGCUCCGUAUCAUAUCAGCGCUCCCAGCCACGGGCAUCAUGGCCGCCGCUUCCAACUCUACGUCGGCAACCUAACUUGGUGGGCAACGGAUCAAGACAUAGCUAAUGCUGUAGCCGACGUUGGAGUGACCGAUUUCCAAGAUGUGAAGUUCUUCGAGAAUAGGGCGAAUGGCCAGUCUAAAGGCUUCUGCGUCAUAUCGCUCGGUUCCGACCAGUCGAUCCGUAUGGUCUUGGAUCGAUUGCCGAAGAAGGAGAUCCACGGGCAACAUCCCGUUGUCACUUUGCCCACUAAACAGGCUUUAAAUCAAUUUGAGAGUCAGUCGAAGACUCGGUCUACUCCGCCAGGGCCGAAUAACCCAGGCAUGCGAGGGCCGCAUCCAGGUGGGCCGCCGGGCCCGCAUCCAGGAGAGUUCUUCGGCGGCGGUCCCAACGGUCCGGGUCCGAACGGUCCGCGCAUGAUGAUGGCGGGUCCCCCGCACCAUCAGAUGCGUGGCCCUCCGCCUGGGCCCCAUCAUCUGCAGCACCAGGGCCCGCCCCCGCACCACAUGCAGCACCAGGGUCCGCCCCCGCAGCACGGCCCGCCGCCGCACAGACCUCCUAUGCAGUUCCAAGGGCCACCUCAGAUGCAAAGGCCUCCGGGUCCUCGUCCUGGGCCGGAGUGGGGACCGCGCGGGCCCCCUCACCAUAUGCAGCCGCAGCCCGCCCCUCAGUAUGGCCCGCCGCAACAUCAAAUGCCGCCGCAGCAUUUACCGCCCCAACAUGCGCCCCCUGGACAAGGUAUGCCGCCACCACAUCACCAGAUGCCGCCUCAUCAACAGGGGCCACCCCGUGGACCUGGCCCGAUGCCACAGCACCCAGGCGUGGGUGGUGCUCCGGCUCCGCAUGUGAAUCCAGCCUUCUUCAACCAACAACCUCCCGUACAACCCGCCCCUGGUGUACAGCCGCCCCCACAACAGGGACCACCUGUACCAGGUCCCGGAGCCCCUUAUGGUCAUCCAGCACACGGAGCCCCGCCGCCGACUCAGGGCCCGCCCCCCGGCGCCAGGCAACCUUACGGGAGACCUCCACAGAGUUAUCCGCCGGCGGCUGAGGCGGCCCGCGUACCGCAUCACCCCGCACCGCUCUCGCACCCCGCACAUCCCGCACACGCCGCCCAUCCCGCACACGGCGCCCACCCCGCCAUCCCCGCCAUCAGUGAGGCAGAGUUUGAGGAGGUGAUGAGCAGGAACAGGACUGUCUCCUCCAGCGCGAUAGCACGAGCCGUCAGCGAUGCCGCCGCUGGCGAGUACGCCUCUGCUAUAGAGACCCUCGUUACUGCUAUAUCGCUCAUCAAACAGAGCAAGGUGGCCCACGACGAUCGGUGCAAGAUACUGAUAUCGUCCCUGCAGGACACGCUGCACGGCGUGGAGACCAAGUCGUACAGCGGCGGCGACCGGUCGCGCCGGUCGAGGUCGCGCGAGCGUGACGCGCGCGGCCACCACCGCGCGCCGCGCCGCCGCGACCGCUCCGCCAGCCGAUACCGCGACCGCAGCCGCGACCGCGAGGACCGCGACAGGUACAGGGAAAGGUCAAGGGAACGCGAUCGUGAACGUGACCGCGAUGCGUAUUAUAGAGACUACCGUGAGAGGGAACGCGACAGAUCCAGGUCUAGGGACCGGGAACGUGCAGAUCACUACAACCGAGGUCACAGCAGAGAGGAGAGGCCAAGAAAAUCUCCCGUGGAGCCAGCGGCAGACAGCGGCGCGGGUGAUGCGCCCAGCACUAAGAGUCGCACGGCCGCCGCUCCCUACUAUGACGAGCGUUACCGCGAGAGACGCGACCGCGACCCGCCGCCCGCUGACCGUGACCGCGAUCGCGAGCGCGACCACCGCCGUGACCCGAGACACUAACCCUCUGAUCAGGACUCGCUUGCUAACAG